AUGCUGCCGCUGUGGACAUUUGCAGUGCUGCUGGGAGCAGUAGCUGGAGAGGAGGUCUGCUACGACAGACUUGGCUGCUUCAGUGGUGAUGCUCCGUGGUCAGGAACUUUAGACAGACCCCUGAAAGCAUUGCCCUGGAGUCCGUCCAAGAUCAACACCCGCUUUCUCCUGUACACCAACGAGAACCCAAACAACUACCAGCAAAUCACUGCAGACGCAUCCAGUGUCAGGAGCUCCAAUUUCAAAACAAACAGAAAAACCCGUUUUAUUAUCCAUGGCUUCAUCGACAAGGGAGAAGAAAACUGGCUGUCUGACAUGUGCAGGAACAUGUUCCGAGUGGAGAGCGUGAACUGCAUCUGUGUGGACUGGAAAGGCGGCUCCCGAGCGACAUACACCCAGGCCACACAGAACGUGCGGGUUGUCGGGGCAGAAGUGGCAUAUUUGGCUAACUUUCUUCAGUCUGAACUGGGAUAUUCACUUAACAACGUCCACCUCAUUGGCCACAGUCUGGGCUCCCACAUCGCUGGGGAGGCCGGAAAGAGAACAUUUGGUGCCAUGGGGAGAAUUACCGGGUUGGACCCAGCUGAACCUUACUUCCAGGGUACCCCUGAAGAAGUCAGACUGGACCCCAGUGACGCUCAGUUUGUGGAUGUGAUUCACACAGACAGUGCCCCCAUUGUCCCCAACUUAGGAUUUGGAAUGAGCCAAACUGUGGGUCACCUAGAUUUCUUUCCAAAUGGAGGAGUAGAAAUGCCAGGGUGCCAGAAGAAUGCUCUUUCCCAAAUUGUUGACAUCGAUGGAAUCUGGGAAGGAAGCCGUAACUUUGCUGCCUGUAACCACCUGAGAAGCUACAAGUAUUACUCUGACAGUAUCGUCAACCCAACCGGCUUCGCUGGAUUCUCCUGUAGCUCCUACAGCGUUUUUGCUGCCGACAAGUGCUUCCCAUGCCCAAGUGGAGGGUGCCCACAGAUGGGUCACUACGCCGACCAAUAUCCUGGGAAGACAAAAUCAAAGUUCCAGAAGUUUUAUCUGAACACUGGCGACAAGAGUAACUUUGCACGUUGGCGGUAUCAGGUGUCUGUCACCCUGUCUGGUCAGAAGGUUACUGGACACAUUCUAGUUUCUUUGUUUGGAAAUAGAGGAAAUUCUAAACAGUAUGAAGUUUUCAAGGGCUCUCUGCAACCUGGCACAACUCACGUCACUGAAUUCGACUCUGAUGUGGAUGUCGGGGAUAUGCAAAAGGUUAAAUUUAUUUGGUAUAACAACGUGAUCAACCCAAGUCUACCCAGAGUGGGAGCAUCAAAGAUCACAGUGGAAAGAAAUGAUGGCAGAGUGUUCAACUUCUGUAGUCAAGAGACUGUGAGGGAAGACGUCCUGCUCACCCUCUCUGCCUGUUAGGGUUGCUGACAUGUGACCACUGAGUCCCACUGUAAUAAAAUCUAGUAUUGAAGCA